UAGAGUUACUGUGUUUUAAAUUCAAUCCGAACUGCAAUGUAAUAUUAACCGAACUUGCUUCACAAAUGUUUCCAAGCAAUAUCACGUGUGGAGGGAAGCCUAUCAGGUGUCACGCACGGCAACGCAGUCGUGACGUGACGUAGCUGUAAACUUGAUUCAAUUUUAUUUCCCCGUUUUAUGUUAGCGUUACGCUGUUGCUGAAGAACCCAAGGCACUGCACAACAGGCGUAAGAAAGGGAAAUAAUUGAAAAUGAGCAGAGGCCGGGGAGUAAGAAAAAAGUUUGCUGUGGAUCAUCAGGCAAAAAACCUUGAAGAAUUCAGCCCAGAUAUUCUUGAUGAAGUCAAAGAACUGUUCUGCAAAAUUGUUACAUAUGCUAAACCACCCUCCGGGGAGUGGCUCAUCCCAGACCCCAACGAAGCCCUAAAGUACGAGCUACAACCGGACGAGAGACUCCAGGCUCUGAAAGAGUCUCUGAAUGAAGUUAAAAAUCAACUCAGUGACAAGAACCUUGAAGUGUGGCAUCGGCACACCAGCUUUACCAACAAGGCUGGCAAGGUCAUUUCCCAUGUGAGGAGCGCGAGUAAUGCUGAAAUAUGCACCCAGGCAUGGUGCAAGUUCUAUGAAAUCCUGGGCACCUUCCCCCUGCUUCCCGAACAGGCCCUUCGUAACGGUGAGCUCAAUUCUGUGCAUCUCUGCGAGGCUCCUGGUGCUUUCAUCGCCAGCCUGAACCACUACCUCAAGUCCAACUCUCUGCACUGUGACUGGACCUGGGUGGCCAACACUCUUAACCCCUACCAUGAGGCCAACGACAAUGGCAUGAUGAUAAUGGACGACCGGCUCAUUGCCAACACCCUGCCCUGGUGGUUCUUUGGCUCUGACGAUACCGGUGAUAUCAUGAUCCAGAAGCACCUGCUGGAACUGCAACGCUUCACCAAGAGCAUGCGCUCCAUUGACUUGGUCACGGCAGAUGGCAGUUUCGACUGCCAGGGUAACCCAGAUGAACAGGAAGCGAUAGUGGCGCCAUUGCACUAUUGUGAGGCGGUCAGUGGUUUAAUGCUGCUCAGCAGUGGUGGCUCCUUUGUUUUAAAGAUGUUCACCUUGUAUGAGCAUUCUUCUGUCUGUCUGCUUUACCUCCUAAACUGCUGCUUCAAAACUGUUCAUGUUUUUAAGCCUGCAACUAGCAAAGCUGGCAACUCUGAAGUGUAUGUAGUGUGUGUGGAGUACAUUGGGAAGGAAGCUGUGAGGCCUUUGCUCUCCAAAAUGAUACGGAACUUUGGCAAAGAUAUAGCCAACCAAGCCCUCUUUCCCAAACAUUUAAUCCCAGACUCCUUUCUGAAGCAACACCAAGAAUGCUGCGCCUUCUUCCACAGGCACCAGGCUAACACCAUCAAUGAGAACCUUCACUUGUUUUGCUGUAUGAAUGAGGAACAAACCCAAAGGCUAAAUCUGCUACGGGACUGUGCCGCAGAGUUCUACCUGCAGAAGUUUCAGGUACAAUACCUCCACAGAAGCAAGUGGCUUUCCAAAAACGCACUUCCGGGCUGCAAUCUGAACAGUAAGUUGUUUGGCCAUAGGAAGCAGGUUGGUUCGUUCAACGAAAGGAAGGAACUGGAGACGCUGGCCUGGAAGGAUAAGGUGGAAAGAGGAUAUUACAGCGCUUUUAUUGAAGAGCAUGUUUUGGGUGGUUUUGGGAAUAACUGCGUCUUGAGAGGACCAGCAAGUGAUGCAGAAUUUGAGUCCUGGUACGUCUUGGUUGGGCAAAAACUACCCAAGGUCAGGAGCUCACCUUUUUGUGAAAUGGACUUGUUGAAUUACCUGAACGAAGCCGUAGAACAGACUGCAGUAACCAGACUUGAGGAUGCCUCCUUGGCUGCAACAGUCUCAAAGCCCUGCAGCGCCUGCCUUGUUUUAACAGCUGAGCUUGUAAUGUCAGAGGUGUCAAGCCUGAUUCAGGGCCAGUUCGCAUACAUUGCUCUAGAAAGGGGUGGCCAGUGCCUUGUGGUGGGUUAUCCAUCGUUUUUCAGCAGUACCAAACAGACAAAUCCUCUUAGCAUGCAGUUUUCUGAAGCUCCACCUUGCCCUGUAGUUGACCACAUGACGCUUCACGAUGGAGACCCAAAGUACCAGCAAGACCUUCUGUACUGCAUCCUGUGCUCCUUGGACAAACUCCAGGCGGGUGGAUCAUUCGUUCUUCCCAUUUUCUCUUCCUUUACUCGCUUCACAGCAGGCUUGAUCCUGGCUCUUCACCAGUGCUUUCACUUUAUAACCUUUAGGUGCCCAACCUCAUCUGAUGCUCUGGGAACCAUCGCUGUCUUGCUGUGCAUCGGUUACCAGCUCCCCAGUGACAAACUCCUUGUUUUUUUGCAGCAGAUGCAUGACUUGAUGUUGGCCACUCUGAAACCAGGCUCUCAACAACAAGUACUGCAGUUUGUGCCAAUGGAGAUACUGCUGAAAGGUACAUUGCCUGAGUUUUUAUGGACCAUGAACACUUCAAUCACAAAGCACAGGCUGCAUUUAUUGUUUCAGUCUGAAAAGCAGUCGCUGAUGGUGACUAGUUAGAUGCAAUAUUGGAGAGAUCCACCAUGUUUACUGCAGAUGUCAGAGGUGUUUAUUUCAACCUGCACUAAAAGUAGCUUCCUGUAAUCAUUUGGAGAGACUAUCUGUGUUAGAUUAUAUUUUUUCAUGAAACUAUUGGUGAAGAGAAUAAAGAGAAAACAAUAUAAUUUGCAAUUGCAAACACAUAAAAGCGAUGAGUGAAUGUUUGCUCUUAAGUGGUCUAAUCGGUCAUACUAUGGCAACCCUGGUGAUAGAGGGAUUGUCAGUGAUUUUUUGAGAAAAUCAUUAAUUUCGUUUUGAGCAAACUUGAUAAUGAACAGUUAAUUUCCUAAGGUUAAUAGAUAAGGUUAUAAAUGCUUAUAAAGUACAGUAGAUUUGUUUGUUUUUUACUGUUCAGACACUGAGCCCUCCUGUAAUAGUAAGGACGCACUCAUUACGGAUUCUGCUGUUAACCCCCAAAGAGUACUUCUGUUGUAGUUUUUAUUUUAUAGGGGGGGGGGGAUCAAUGUUUCAUUCAAGCAAUGACAUAAUUAUAUGUCAAUUUGUGCGCAUAUGUUAAGAGUAAUCCACUACAACAUUGCCAUAAUAUUGUUAUAUCUUAAAUGUUCUUUAAAAAAUAAGAAAUGUAUAUUUGCACUUUGCAAGUUUGUAUAUCAGUUAAGAAAGGUUAUGCAGUAAGCCUGCAUGGCACAGUACAUUGUGGCUGAUUGGGUGGAGGGGACCACACUUUUAAAAUGAAUUCAUUGAGUCCCUGCAUCUCUCUGUAUGUAAGCGGUGUGAUGGGCAGCGCAGAUAAAAACUGGACCGAUGAAAGGUACUGUGCACGACUGACCCGGUAAGUGAAAUCCCCCAUGGAGAUUUAGAAACUCAGUGCAUGUACAGUUGUAGAAUGCAAUUAUUAUAUUUUUUUUUUGUCAAGACUGUUUGGCAUCUAACCAGUGGAACCCAGUAUUACAAUACUGUUUUUUUUUUAAAGAGGUGUUUGCUUUAUCAGGAUUGCUUGCAAAGCUGUGCUUCGUAUUUUGCCAUACUGUAUCUUCAUUUGUAAUCCUAUUUUUUUCUUUUUUUUUUUAAAGAUAUUAUUUUGGGCAAAUAUAAAAUACAUGUGAAGCACAGUAACCCCUCCUGUUUUUUUUUCUUUUUCUGUCCAACUGUAUACAUAAUUUAAAAAUACAUAAAAUGAGUGGAGAAUGUGCAUCUACAGUUUUAAUUCAAAACUUGUAUUGAAAUAAGGCCAGCAUUCUAGUUCUUGUGGGUUUUCAAAGUUUGAAAGGUGAACAUUAUAAACGAUAAACAUAAAAAUGUAAAUGACUGAUAUUUUACUUGUUAUACCAUCUCGGGCAUCCAGUGGGUAUUCAUAAGAUCUUUCAUUUCUCCAUCUUAUCACCUUUACUAUUCAGUAUAUAAUUGCUCGACUCAAAUGGAAGGGAAGAGCUGGGAACUUUCAGGU